AUGCCAUUAGCCUACGACCCAGAAUACGCAGCAGCUCUCGAACCCCUCGCAGAAAUACUAGCAGCAAGACCAAAAUUCCCCCCCGGAGAUGCCCUCUCACGCCGAGAAUUAGGAAACAAAUCCCUCGCCUCAAUCCUCAGGCAAACCCCAGACGUAGCCGGAGUGACUCGAACAAACCACGCGAUUCCAACCCACGACGGUCACAGCAUAACAGUAGCCGAGUUCCGAAAAGAAGCAGGAGCUGCUCCCACGAAACCAGGAAAAGCGAUAUUCUACAUCCACGGCGGCGGCAUGAUUCUUGGAAGUGUAGAUGCGUUUGAGAAAUCCAUCGCGAGCCAGUGUGAGCAGAGUGGGAUUCCGGUUUUUGCGGUGGGAUAUCGACUUGCUCCGGAGUAUCCGCAUCCUAUACCGGUCACGGAUUGUUGGAGUGGGCUUCAAUGGUUGAGUAGAAAUGCUGCCAAGCUUGGAGUUGAUCCGGCGAAAAUUGUGGUCAUGGGGGAGUCUGCAGGUGGAGGGUUGGCUGCCGGACUCUCGUUAAUGGCUCGAGACCAAAACCUCUCGCCCCCAAUCCUCAAGCAAAUCCUAAUUUUCCCAAUGCUUGACGAUCGAACCACGAAACCUUUACCAGCCCUCCUCCCUUUCGCAACAUGGACCUACGACGACAACAUCACAGGCUGGUCCGCGCUCUUAGGCGAUCAAGCCGGCACACCGAAUCCACAGCCCGGCCAUGAAUAUGCUGCCCCAGCACGAGCCAAGAAUCUGGCAGGGCUCCCGCCAACAUUCAUCGACUGUGGAGAAUUAGACAUUUUCAUCCAUGAGAACGUCAAGUUCGCUUCGAGACUCAUCGAAGCGAAUGUUUCGACGGAGUUUCAUGUUUACCCGGGACAGCCACAUGCGUUUAUGCUCUACGCGCCCAACACGACGUAUUCGAAGUUGACGAGGCAGAAUAUGUUAAAGGCGAUUGAGGUGGCGUAG